AUGGCUGAAUAUGUUGUAACCUUUGUUUUGGAUAAAAUUGCCAGCUAUCUGAUAGAGGAAGCUAAUUCAUUGUCUGAUAUACAUGAUGAGGUUGCUUCGAUUGAAGGGGAAUUAAGGCGAAUGCAAUGCUUCCUUAGAGAUGCAGAUUCGAAACAGGAUGCAAAUGAAAGAGUCAGAAAUUGGGUGGCAGACAUAAGUGAUGUUGCAUAUGAUACUGAGGAUAUUGUUGAAUAUUACACCUUUAGAUUGGCCCAAUGUAGGAGAAAAGGAUUCUUGCCAUUUUUCAAAAGGUACGUUUUCUCCAAUGAGUUGAUUUUGCGUCGUAAGGUUAGGGAACAGAUCAAAGGGAUUCGGAUUAGACUUCAAGAUAUAACUAACAGUAGAUCAACUUAUGGGAUUGAAAAUAUUGUUGAAGCGAGUCAAAAAGCAGGUUUUGCAGCUGGCAGUCUCCAAGAGAAGAGACGAUCCUCUCCUUAUGAUUGUGAGGAGGAUGUCAUUGGUCUUGCUGAAGAUACAAAAGCAGUUGAAGCACAGCUGAUUUAUGGAGAGUCCCGGCUAUCUGUCAUUUCAAUUAUUGGAAUGGCAGGCAUCGAAAAGCUGAAGAAUGAAAAGGAGAAACUGAGUUUUUGUCUUCUUUUUGUAUUUCUCCUCUACUUCUAUAGCUUCUCGGCUAGCUAG